UCUUUCAUUAUAGUCCGAGUAUCAUUUGCAUCAUUGAAAAUCACAGUUGGACAAAUCGAACUUGAUCUCGACGGUGUUUGGUGAUUGAGUUCAUGUCGAAAACUAUGUUGGAAUCAAAAUCAAGUUCUUUAGAUUUUGGAUUCAUAGUGGAUUGGCUGUUAUUGAAAUCGAAAUUGACUUCGACAGCUCGAUUUGUGUGAGUUCAACUGAGGUUGUUUGAAAUUGACAAUCAAAAUUGUUGUUGUUGAUUGGGUUUAUGUUCGACAUCGGUUAAAACAACGUGUUGAAGUCGAACAACUUUAGAUUUUGACGUCUUGAAUUCGAAUUAGUAAUAACUAUGGUUGCGUUGGGUCGAAAUCAAUUUCGAUUUAUGUUCUUGGUUGAAGCAGUUGUUCGAAUCAAUAUUUAGUUUGAUUUGGUGUUGGGAAGUCGAUGUCGUUGUGUUUAGAACAUAGUUAUAUCGAUUGAUGUUGCUAUUCAGUUCACAUUUGGAAACGCAUUGGGAAAAUUGAUUUGAGUUGACUUUUUGAAGUCAAAAUGUGUUCUAUUGAUUUCGAAUUUACAGGAAGGAUCGAUUUUGAAGGGUUAAUUGAUUUUGAUUUCGAAGUGUUUGAAAUCGAUAGUUUGGUUUGGUAUUGUCGAUUGAUGUUUUGGGAGUUGCGAUGUCAAUUUGGACGAUGCUAUCGACUGAAACAAGAUGAUCUGGGAAUGAAGGUUUCGAAUGAAAGGAUGACGAACAGAUGGUCGAUGUGAUGUCGAAUAGCACAGAUCAAUAGUCAGGAAUCGGUAUUCUACGGUUGAUGCAAAGCUAAGGGUGAUGAUUUUGAUUGUUGAUAACAAAGUUUUUUUAAAAGUUCUACUGGGAAGAGGUCAAAGGUAGAAAAAGCGAAGGUUCAUGUGCUUGGAAUUGAACUUAAUUUGGGAAAUGGGUGAUGUACUGGAAACCGAUUAAGCGAUUGAAGGGUCCAGAUGAUAUUCAACGAUUCACAAGGGUUUGUUUUCACAAGUGACUUGGAGGUCGAUGGUCGACUAGCUGUCAGGUUGCGAAGGGGAGCGGAGAUAGUCGCACGUAAUGACAGAUCACGGCCAUAUUAUUAAAAGCUUGUGGUAAGAAUGGGUUUCGUUCGAGCGCUCGAAAAUAAUAUUCCAAAGCUUUCGUAUGUUCUCCGUUACUUGUGUGGAUAAGUCCUAUGUUAUAGAGUAUAUAACUUCGGUCAUAGGGAUCAAUUUCUAGUUGCAUGGCUUCAUAAUAAUUCUGUAAAGCUUCCGCAUAAUUUCCUUCGGAUUGAGCUGACAUCCGUUACGGUCGUCAUUCAAUUCAAAGAAUCUCCGUUACAGAACCGUACAUGAGAUUUUCAUCGCAUACGGCUCCUCCCUUAUGUGCAUAAUGAUAAAAUGAUAAAUAAGAUGAAAAUCUUAUCAUUAUGAACUGAGUAGGACUAGUGUUUUUACAAGAAAUCUCUAGCCAACCUUCCUGCAAGAGAUCCUUGAUGUUAAUUAUUCGCUACAAACGGAUUUUUUUUAGUGAACGUGUCACAGCUUCCUCCUAUUUUUUUGUUUUGUAAAGACAAAGAAAGAAAUUCUAUUUUCUCUCCUAUUUACUACGGCGACGAAGAAUCAAAUUAUCACUAUAUUUAUUCCUUUUUCUACUUCUUUUUCCAAGUGCAGGAUAACCCCAAGGGGUUGUGGGUUGUUUUCUACCAAUUGGGGCCCUCCCUUCACCACCCCCAUGUGGAUGGUCUACAGGGUUCAUAACUACUCCUCUUACUACAUGGCGCUUACCUAGACGUAAUUGAUACGGGAGCUCCACUAAGUGUUCCGGUCGGUGGAGCGACUCUCGGACGAAUUCUCAACGUGCUUGGCGAGCCUGUUGAUAAUUUAGGUCCUGUAGAUACUAGUACAACAUUUCCUAUUCAUAGAUCUGCGCCUGCCUUUAUACAGUUAGAUACAAAAUUAUCUAUUUUUGAAACCGGAAUUAAAGUAGUAGAUCUUUUAGCCCCUUAUCGUCAUGGAGGAAAAAUCGGACUAUUCGGGUCGAGAAUUAUUGGCUUUGAUGUCGAGUAGCAAAGACAUCCGAUACCUUGACCACUCCAUCUUCAAUCGAUCGUCAACCUCUGAUUACCACCGCCGGUCGCCACCAUCCUCCGAUUAGCACCGCCAGUCGCCGCCUUCGAUCGUCCAGGCGAGCAGGCACCUCCGACAAACAGCGACCAACAUCGAACAACAACAAAAAAUCCAUUUUCAAUCGAUCGUCAACCUCCGAUUACCACCACCGGUCGCCGCCAUCCUCCGAUUAGCACCGCCAGUCGCCGCCUUUAAUCGUCCAGGCGAGCAGGCACCUACGACCAACAGCGACCAGCAGCGAACAACAACAAAAAAGAAAUGGGAGAAAAACAACAAUGGACCAAUGAGCAUUUAAAAUGUUUAGUGGACUUGUAUUGAAGAAGUGGAGAGUGUCGGUAGAAAAGGAUUAAGUUUGCAGAAAGACUCAUGGAUAAGGCUUGGAAGAGUUCUUAAGGAGAAAUUUGGGUUUGAGUUGAGUCAAAAACAAAUGAAAAACGCAUAUGACAAUCUGAAAGCCAAAUACACAGGAUGGGUGUAUUUAAAAAACAAAACUGGCAAUAUAUACAACUCUCAAACAAACACUUUUAACUUAACAGCCGAGGAGUGGGAUGAUUUUAAGAAGGGGCAUCCGAAGGCUGCUUCGUUGAGAACAAUUCCACUGCCUUUUCCAGAUCUUUGUGCACAUCUUUUUGAUGGAAAUAGUGCUACUGGUAAUUUUAGGAGUUACUCAACCCAAUCAUCAUCAGUAGCUGGAGCAUCCUCUUGUCAUCUUCCACCACUUCAGAUUACCGCCACCCCUUUUCAUGCAAUAGAUGAUGAUGGUGAUGACACUUUCCACCAUGAGCCACCACCUUCUGCUGCUUCACCAUCUGGUAACCCCAACAAAAGGGCUAAACCCUCAACUCCUAUACCUCCUAGUGCCUCACCGUCUGCUUCUUCACCUGAUGGAACUUCUAUUACUGGUGACGAUUUAGCAUUAGAAAUGAAAAAAGCUCUACAAAGUUUGACUAAAGGGUAUACAAUCCCUCAAUGUUUAGAGAAGUUAGAGGUGCUUCAGUUAGGCCCUACCGAUCCUUUACGCUUUGUUGCAUAUCAUAUUUUUGGAGGGACCAUGAACAUGAGAGAGAUGUGGAUGCAUUUGCCCGAUGUUCCCGAGAUAUUACGAGGAUGGCUUGAGAUGACGGGUACAAGUUUAGGAGUUUUGAAGGAUGGAAAGAUUGUCCGAUGAUUUUUCUAGUGUUGAAACUAUUUGUUAGGUCUUUUUGCCUUUGUUGUAACUAUUUAUUAGGUCUUUUUGCCUUUCUUGGAACUAUUUUUUUGUUAUUUUGCUACUUGGAAUAUGGUUUAUCUAAUGUUUUUUUGGUACUUGAAAUAUGAUUAAUGUAAUGUUUAUUUGCUACGUCAAAUAUAGUUUAUGUACUGUUUUUAAAA